AGCCUACAAGUAAGCCCGUAUGCCUUUAAACCCUAGUAAGUAGCAGUACAAAUAGCACCCUCGCAUUAUUCAAUUGAUCUUUCUGCUCAUAGCCGCUGCAACAAACAAAAGAAGAGCAGGACAGAACCACUCAGCUCCGAAUCACAACCCAAACAAAUCAUGGGUAAGGUUCACGGAUCCCUAGCUCGUGCCGGAAAAGUCAGAGGUCAAACCCCAAAAGUUGCGAAACAAGACAAGAAGAAGAAGCCACGUGGACGAGCACACAAGCGCAUGCAAUACAAUCGCCGAUUCGUCACCGCCGUGGUGGGAUUCGGAAAGAAGCGAGGACCAAACUCAUCUGAGAAGUAAGGGAGAUGAUGCUUGAAGGAUGGUUUUAUUUUUAUUUUUGAUUUUAUUAGUUUGCGAGAUGUAUUACUUGUUUAUCAGUUGAUUGGUGGAUUUAAAGAUGUUGAAGUUCUGAUUAUGGUUCAAUGAAAGUUUUUUUGGGCUAAUAUUGAACUAUGUUCCCCCUUUAAGAUUUUUGCUAGUUAAAGCAGAGCUUAUCUUGGUGUUCAAAAGGACCAAAAUUUUGUUUA